AUGUGGAAGGGGGUUGGGGGCACAAAUCUGUUGCAGGAGAUUUUGUCUGCUGGCUGCCAGAACAGCAGCUGUGAGCCUGAUCAAAAGAAGGCAGAGCAUUUUCACAGCAGACAGUCUGCCAAGAUGAUUGGAAAAAAUGCUUUUAAAAAAUCCCUGCUGUUAAAUGAGUAUUCCUAUGUGAAAUUAAACUCAAAUGACCAAAAAGGCAUCAAAGCGGUCCAGUUCAUACUGGUGAUUUCAAUAGUUGGGUUUGUUGUCCUGAUGGCUAUUUACAUCAUAAAACCAGUCAACAUAGAUUUUCCAGAGGACAAAGAAACCAUUAUCAGCAGUUACCAGCAGAUGGAGGAGCAAGGACUCUUUGGUGAUAUCUUGGAAGACAAGAUGAUUAAUGAAGACAAUGUCAAUAGAUGUAAUGAUUCAUGCAAUUUUGAACUUGUGGAAAGUAUUCCUUAUGACAUGCCUUAUGAGACAAAUAGCACCACUGUGAAACCCUUGUACCAAGCGUGGAUGGGUCUUCUCAACAUGGCACAGGAAAGAAUUCAUGUGGCUUCUUACUACUGGUCUCUCACAGGAGAAGAUAUACAUGUAAAUGACUCAUCUUCUGAAGAGGGUGAAGAUAUUCUGAAGAAGUUCAAAAGUUUACUUAUGGAGAAUGUCUCAGUGUAUAUUGCAACAAGCCUGCCAACUUUAGCUGUCAAUUCAACUGAUCUUAAGGUUUUGAAGAAAAAAGGGGCUCAUGUAAGAAGGGUCAAUUUUGGACAUUUGACAAAAGGUGUGCUGCAUUCCAAAUUCUGGAUUGUAGACAUGAAACACAUGUAUAUUGGCAGUGCAAAUAUGGACUGGAGGUCAUUUUCUCAGGUGAAAGAAGUUGGUGCCGUGAUAUACAACUGCAGCUGCUUAGCCAAUGAUCUAUGGAAAACGUUCAGAACAUACUGGGAUCUUGGGCACGCUAAUGCCACCAUUCCCUCCCCAUGGCCGAACAAUUAUUCCACCCAAAUUAACAAGUUUAGGCCUCUGGAGGUGCAGUUUAAUGGAACCUUGACAACAGCCUAUUUUUCUGCCUCUCCUCCUGUGUUUUGCCCAAAGGGUCGUACUCACGACCUCAUUUCUAUUAUUGAUGUUAUAAAUGAUGCAGAAGAAUAUGUGUAUAUCUCAGUCAUGGAGUAUUUUCCUACAACCCGCUUCAGACACCCAGCAAAAUACUGGCCAGACAUUGACAAUGCUCUGAGACGUGUGGCAUUCAACCACAAUGUACAAAUCAGGCUUUUGAUCAGCUGCUGGCUUCACACUGACCCAUCCAUGUUCCAUUACUUGCAGUCACUUCAUGCUCUCAGUGAUCCACAUACCAACAUCACCAUCGAUGUGAAAAUCUUCAUUGUUCCAGUUCUGAAUCACACAAACAUCCCUUUCGGGAGAGUGAACCACAACAAAUAUAUGGUCACUGAUAAAGUGGCGUAUAUUGGGACUUCCAAUUGGUCAAAAGAUUACUUUAGUAAUACAGCUGGAGUUGGGCUGAUUGUCAACCAGACUUCAACAGAUCCUCAAAGAAAGAAGCCGGUUAUACAGGAACAAUUAAAAAAUCUUUUUGAACGAGACUGGAAUUCCAAAUAUUCAGUAAAUAUGGAAGAUCUACAUGGGCAGAAAGACUGUGCCUGGGAAGAGGGAUUAAGUUACUUAUAA